AUGGUGAGAACGCGGGACGACGAUGGCCCCUUGUUCUUCAGGGACGGCAUAGUUUACCGGGAAUGGGGUUAUCGCCUGGCACUUCUUGAGACAUAUCCCGUCGCAGAAUUAUAUUUCGAGAAGGCGAUUCAGCAGGGUCAGCAUAAUGAUCUCAGGACGUACCUGGGUCUCGCUCAGACACAGCUUCAUUAUGCCAGGUUCAACAGGGCGAUGAUCACCACUGAGAAAUGCAUACAAAUAGAUCCAACUCAUUCCUACGUGAAGGACAUACAGUUGCAGACGCUAUUUUCCAUCGGCGAGUUCGAGUACAGUUUGGUGCAUGCACAUCAAGGCUUUCAGAAGUAUCCAACCACGUUCUUGGAGCAUGGAAUACUGCAAGGCCAGGAGACCAUCGAGGACUGCAUCGGCACAGAUACCGCUCCUCAAGCACUCCAACUUCUCUACCCCUGGAUAAACGAGCUCCAGGAGUACCGAGCGUUGCUGAUCGAGAAGCUCAAAGAGGAAGUGGACGAGCUUGCAGGGAUAGAGGAGGAGCAGUCGAAGUUCAAGGUGAACGAUCCUAAAGCCCGAGCGGAAGCUGAGUUUAAAAGCCAACAGAGUAUCCUUGCGCAUAUGUAUCUCGGUUACUUGGCACACGAUAAGGAAUUUCUGCAAAACUUGUCCGAGAAUCCAGAGAAACUGCAGUCCCCGAACAAAGAUAGCUCCGCGUACCUUCAUUCUUUGGUGACGAGGAACUAUAAAAGGGGUGUCCGCAGGCAGAAUGUUUUGCGAAUGCGACGGCCACUAUACGUAAUGAUAUUCAGGCUCAGAGCCUUGCCUCCUAGCUUCAAGAGAAAACUCGAAGACGAGAGAAGAUUGAAAAGGCACAUUAUCAUCGUCGAGGCUGACUUCCUGUUGCGUCGCUUGCACGAAAUUAGGAUGCGAAAAGAUUACAUCACGUUCUUCGGAAUGGUGGACCGCGUGAAGGACAAGUUUGAUUCGUACUCAUUGAAGAUGUUCCCACUCAGAGAGAAGUGUCUGAACGUACUCUACAACAUGGUUGCAUGGACCUACAUAGAUACCCGCGAUUUGUCGAAGAUACGUGACAGGAAACUCAAGAAAACGUACCUAAGACAUCAUCUGGGAAUUCGAGUGGCUGAACUACCACGAGACACUGACAUCGGUUGGAUAAGAAGCUCUGAUAGGAAAGAAGCUCUUAAGAACUAUCGCAGGUCCUCCUUCAGAUUAUUCCUUUUAUCGUUUCUUCCUCUUCUUAUCCACCUUUGAAAUCUCGCUUUUGUAAACACCUCUAUUCGAUUAUCGGAAAAUUCGAUUUACGCGUUGAAAUUAAUAUCACAGGAGAUUAGCCAUGGCGUCAGAGCCUCUGGAGCUAGCCUGGCUUUUCCACGAGCUCUCCAAAUAUCUAAUCGACAUCCGUCGCUACGAUCUGGCCAGAUUUUACGGAAAGAAAGCUCGAGACAUGGGCGAAACAGCUGGCAGCGAGCAAUGGAUGCUGAACUGUCAGCAUCUGUUCCUCCGAAUAGAAAUUAGCCAGAAUUAUCGCAACGAGGCGAAGGAGGCAGCUCUCCUGGCACUGUCUAGUUCGAAAAAACUGGGCCUCAACUUCCUAGUUGACUUUUAUAAGGAUGCCAUCGGGAUCAUCGAGGAUAUGGACAUGGAAAAGCUGCUCGUGUUCGACGCAAUUGCAGCCAGGCAACAGCUGAUAUUAAAUUUAAUGCCCGACGAGAUGAAACCAGAGGUGGAUUUUCUUUGGAGGCGGAUGGACGCAGUUCCUGCCAAACGGAGGAUAUCCGUGAUGCCUGGCUGCAAACCCGUGGACCGGAAGUUCAAGCUGCCCUGCAAGAGGAAGACUAUAUUGCCCAGUCCUCCGAGGGAUCCUGA